UAUUGUGGAAGUUGAGAGCAAAUUGAAAAUCUUUGCGGGAGCCAGCCAUUAUGCCGAGCAGUGCUCAACACAUCAAUCACAAGUUUAGAUCUACAUGAUAAUGCCUUAGRAGCCGACGGUGGGAUCUAUAUUUCAGAUAUGCUCAGAGAAAACUGUUAUUUGACUGAUUUGAAUAUUUCGUCUAAUGGUCUUAGAUCACAAGGAUGUCAAGCAAUAUGUGAGAUGCUUCAGACUAACACCAGCUUGCUGAAGAUUAACUUAGCAAACAACGGCUUUACUGACAAAGAUAGUAAAAAUAUUGCAGAAGCCAUGCGGGGCAAUGACAAAGUGGCUUGGUUGGAUUUGAGUAAUAAUCGUUUUUCUGAGAACUCUGGCGCAAACUUUGGUCAAGCAAUAAUGUCAAACGAUUCUGUUGAGCAUCUUGAUCUUAGUUGGAAUCUAUUACGAAAAAAAGUUGCAAAUGAAAUAGCUAAUGGCUUAAGGACCAAUUGCACCAUUAAAACACUUAAUUUAUCAUUCAAUGGGUUUGCUGAUGAAGGAGCUGCUGCUCUUGGUGAGGCACUCAAAUACAACAACACUCUUACAGAGCUUGAUAUAAGCAACAACAGAAUAACCAAUCAAGGGGCUCUGUGUCUYGCUAAAGGACUAGAAGGUAACAACACUUUGGAAACACUAAAGAUUGGAUGCAAUCCUAUCAGAACCGAUGGUUUACUAGCUAUUAUCAGUGCGACUCUUUCGUAUUGUGACAGUGCACUAACUACAUUACAUUGUAAGGAUAUUUACCUGGAUAUGCAAUUCACUUCUCUUCUUCACGAAGUCAAAAAAGUAAAACCCGAGUUUAAAGUGUUUCCAUCUCCUCGAGCAGGAGGCAGAGAUCCAUUAAAAACCCUUAGGACUUUCAUAACAGAAAACAAGAAUAAAUGGUUUGAAAUAUGCAAGAAUUACGACAAUGAGAGCACUAACUUUGUUACACGAAGGAGCUUUGCCGAUGUGAUAAAGAAGACUGGAUUAAAGUUCGAGAUGGAUGAAAUAACUCGACUUUUAUCACAACUAGACCCUACUAAACAGGGACUCAUACAUUACAGGCAUUCAAGAUUGGGGUUUGAUUUUCCGACGAAGCCAACACCGGAGAGAGAAUAGCAUCAUGCAGAGGAAGAACUGAAGUAUACUUUUAAAGAAAAAACAACCAAACACCAACCAAAAAAUAAAAUCAUUAUUAAUUUUG